UCACUACGAUGCACUACUAUCAGUCUCGCUGCAAGCUUUGAAUCAGCUGGUGGUUGCGGACAUGCUAAGAAGUACUUUUGGCCUAACAACAUUGUAUUGUCCGGCAAAUAACAAUAUAAUUGGCGUUAUCAGCAGAAUUCGAAGGCUGUGCUCACAGAGAAGGGUUUACGGUGCAAAUUGUCGUCUAGACACGGCAGGAAUACGGGUUCAAACCGGUGACAAUGAUCUCCAACGGCGCACGAGAAGAUCAGCAGACCUUGAGCGAUGAUUCUGAACACGAUUUCCGGGAACGUCUGCCGAACGUGUACUCAGCCAUGGCGCCACAGAUACGUUCGAUUUGCAGCAUUUCGACCGCCCGAAGACGUGUUCAUGUAUUAGAGUGGUUACCGAAGUAUCGGGCAAACUACAUACUCUCGGACAUAAUCGCCGGAAUCACGGUGACGCUGACGGCCAUACCCCAAAGCAUAGCAUAUGGGAUCCUGGCGAAUCUACAACCACAGGAUGGAAUCUAUUCCAACUUGGUGGGAUGCUUCAUGUAUUUCCUGUUUGGAAGCGUUAAAGAUGUCACAGUGGCACCGACCUCGAUCAUGGCGAUCAUGAUUCAAGGAGUUGUCGCAGAACUAGGACCUGGUGCAGCACUGCUGACGCUGAUUGCAGGCUGUGUAACGCUUUUGUUCGGUCUCCUCAACUUGGGAUUCCUGGUGCGCUUCAUUUCAAUGCCGGUAAUUACCGGGUUCACGACGGCCGCCUGUUUAACGAUCGGUAGUGCCCAACUUCGAUCGCUGUUCGGGAUCAGCAGUAAGGGGAAGAGUAGUGAUUUCAUCGACGCAUGGGAAAACGUGAUCCUGCACAUCGGCGAGACUCGACUAUGGGACGCCUUGCUGGGAUUCAGUUCAAUCGCGUUUCUUGUGAUAUUUCGACUAACGAAAGAUUGUGGCCAGGGUGGCUGGAAGACAUUCUUCAUGUAUCUUUCGUUGCUGCGCAACGCCAUGGUCGUGAUAAUCGGCGCUACCUUAGCCUACGUAUUCUCUCUGAAUGGAACGCAGCCCUUCAUCCUAACCGGUCACGUGGAAGCAGGCCUUCCACCAUUCCAUGUGCCACCACUGUCCGUAACGAACAACGGAACCUACUACGGUUUGUCCGACAUGAUCUCCGUGAUGGGAACCUCGAUCAUCACGAUUCCGUUGGUAUCGACGCUCGAGAUCAUUUCCAUCGGAAAGGCGUUCUCCAAAGACAAGAUCGUGGAUGCCACACAGGAAAUGAUAGCUCAGGGCAUGUGCAACAUAGCAGUAGCCUUCUUCUCCCCACUUCCCGUGGCGGGAUCUUUCACACGAACCGCCAUCAACAACAGUAGUGGGGUCAAGACUUCCCUUGGGUGCGCCGUGACCACCGCAAUGCUUCUGUUGGCGUUGGCAGUCUUAACAGAUGCGUUUUACUAUAUUCCAAAGGCUACUCUAGCAUCGGUAGUGAUCGCGGCCAUGAUCUUCAUGGUGGACUACCGCGGUAUGGCGGAGAUUUGGCGGGUCAAGAAGUUGGACAUGAUACCAUUCCUGGGAACGGUGAUAGCAGGCGUCUUUCUCGGGCUGGAUUAUGGCAUCCUGAUCGGAAUCGCGAUCAACUGUUGCUUCUUGUUGCGUCUCAUUUCGGCGCCAAAGAUCGAUUUCCAGUUGUCAUUGAUGGACGACACUCGGGUGCUGGUGGUUCAGCCCGCCAUGGAUUUAACUUUUUCCUCGGCGGAGUACCUGCGGGACAAAAUCGUACAAGCGAUUGUUAGUGACUACGAGAAUCCAGUGGACUUGGUCGUUCUGGAUGGUAGCAGGGUAAACUUCGUAGACACGACCGUUGUGAAAAAUCUUGCCAGCACGGAGAACGAUUUACGCUCGAGGCAUGUCGGACUGGUGCUGUGGAGGUGGCACAGGGACACAGCCGGAGGGUUAGUGCGCCUUAAGGACGGAUUCCGAGCGUUGCUGAUCAACACAGGGGAUUUGGAGGGGGUGGUACAGCAGUGGAAAGCGUCUUGCGAGGGGUAUCUCAAAGAAGCAAUCGAGUAAUAAACGAUCAAGCAAAA